UCUUACUGACGUCUCCUGAGCCAGGCUUCUUACCCAGCAAAGAAACUUCACACACACACUCGGCAGUGCUCAUCUACGAAUCACUGGGUGCGCUUCAGAGCCUGUGCCUACCAUCCCGACAGUCGGAGACGUAGGCCAGUUGAUGUCACCUCAAGCGCAACGUCCAUGCGAUGCCUGGCCAGAUCUUCAACUCUCGACUAGUCGCACUCGCUACAGUCUGCCGUGGCUCGAAGCCAUUCACAGUCCAGCCUGCAGGUCUCUCAUAUCCAUAGCUCGUACAUUCGACCGCCAACCGCUUUGUCCCACGCCGUCAGUCCACCAGGCGCGUCGAGUACACCUCAGUCGUCGAAGCGCACUGCGGCCCACGUAUGGACCGGUACUCGCCCGCAACGCUUCACGCAAGAUGUCGACGCCAAGCCCUUCGAGUCUGCGCAGGCCAAUCGACUCUUUCGUAUGCACAGGAACAAUCGAGCGUUUGUGCGGGUCGGGAGAGACGGCAGUUGGCCCCCCAGACGGAUCGAGGCAUGGCAGGGCGGGGAUGAGUAAGGAAGGCUGUCUUGCAACGACCUGGAGCGAGCGUGAUGGGUCGUCAUAGGUGCUGGUGCUGUCAACUAACGCUACAGUGCAUCUUGAAUCAGCAGCAUCGAUACAGCGUUGGAAGGGUGCCUACGUACGCAGCUCGGCGGCCAAUGCGAGCCCUCUCACCAUCGGCCCCUGCUUUCCUGGCUACAUAGACCGAGUCCGGACGACAUGGCUGCCCUUGUCCUCUGGAUGCAUUCGCUUUACUAGUU